GUGGCGACAGCGAGUUUACAGUUCACGUUCAACAUCUUAAUGCUGUCAGAAGAAGAGGAGAUUGAGGAAAGACAAGAUGAUCGGUGAUCUGUUAAUUUUCGGCACGUUGUUAAUGAACGCUGGGGCGGUUUUAAACUUUAAACUGAAAAGGAAAGAGACGCAGUCUCACGGGUUCGGUGAUGAUCCCAGCAGGUCAACUACAGGUGAAAACAUCAGGGAGUUUUUACUGAGUCUGCGCUACUUCCGCAUAUUUAUAGCUCUCUGGAACAUCUUCAUGAUGUUCUGCAUGAUCUUGUUAUUCGGAUCAUAACCCACUACAUUCUCGACCUGGACAGUGACACCAAGGACAAUCUUCAACACUUUUCUUUUUCGGUACUGGGAUGUUCAACUCUAGCUUUGCCUUCAUAAGAGCCUUUGGAGUAGAAAAUUGAUUCCUCAGUCGUUUCCUCCAUUGUAUUCAAUAAGCCUUAUGGGUCGACUAAAGGUUAUUUUAAAUAGUCACUCAGUCUUCAGGACUGAUGUUGACCGUGCUGUCAUUAUUAAUGUAAGACUGACAUAUAGCCUCAAUUUGCAUGUCAGUUGAUGUGAAUAUCAGCUAAUAGAACAGGGCCCUGAAAUAAGUCUGUUUUUCUUUUUUAAAAAAAAGAUCUUCUCUGUUGAAUUAGGGAGCUUCCAGAAAGUAAAAAUGACUAAUACGACUCUGAUUACUUUAUUACGUGAGAACUGUUUUAAUACAAAAUACCAACACUGACCUUCUAUUAAAAACGACUUGCAUUA